AUGCAAGAUCCCAAUAUUUGCACGCAUUGCCAGUUAGAGGAGAAUCCAGGCGCAUUAACUUGGGUGAAGUGUGAUAGUUGCCCGCAAUGGGUACACAUGAAAUGCGUGCCUUUGAAAUGCAUUCACUAUUCAAAUUUUACAAGUUCUGAAGCUCUCUCUUAUCCAAGCUCUACGAAGGAAAUCAAGGCUUACCGGUGUCCUAAUCAUAAGGAAGAAGAAUAUCUUACCGCAUCCGCCCUCACUUCACAUAAAGGAAAGCGGCGAAGGAAUAAUGAAAACACUGAAGAUAGGCAUGCAAGUAAGCGAUAUAAUUUCAGGAACAAUAAAUUACUUGACUAUAUUGCUUUGAAUGAGGGUGAAGCAAAAAGGGAUAAAAUGAAUCACCCUCAUAAGGAUAGUUUUAUGAAAUCUUUUGAGAAGUGGAAAAAUAGCUCAAACAUCAUGAAUGCUGCCGACUUUGCCGCCAAAUUUGAUGAUAUAAAUAUGCCGUACAAGAUCAGCGAUCCGCUAAAUAGUGGUGUAUAUGUGCCGAAGGUGGGAACAAAUAAUGGAUGCUUAACUGUUAAUUAUAUCACGGAAAUAAUGGGCGAGGAUUAUCAUGUUGACGUAAUGGAUGUUCAAUCACAAAUGAAUGAAAACUGGACCUUGGGUUCUUGGAAUGAAUAUUUUACAAACACUGAACCAGAUAAGAGGGAUCGAAUAAGGAAUGUUAUAUCAUUAGAAGUCUCCAAUGUUGAGGCUCUGGAACUGGAUAGGCCCGCCGUAGUUAGGCAGAAUGAUCUUGUUGAUCAAAUUUGGAGUUUUAAUGGAGGUUUAGGACGAUCUGAUGAGGAGAAGGUAGAAGAGAAUGACCCCAGACCAAAAGUCACCAAAUAUAUCUUGAUGUCCGUAAAGGAUGCCUAUACGGAUUUCCAUUUGGAUUUUGCAGGCACUUCUGUUUAUUAUAACGUCAUCUCAGGACGGAAGAAGUUUUUACUAUUUCCACCUACUCAAUCAAAUGUAGCUAAGUAUAUUGAGUGGUCUUUGAAAGAAUAUCAAAAUAGUGUUUUCCUCGGGGAUGUUCUUGAGGAUGGUAUUGCGAUGGAACUGGAUGCUGGAGAUUUGUUCAUGAUUCCAGCUGGAUAUAUUCAUGCAGUUUACACACCAGUAGACUCUUUGAUAUUUGGAGGCAACUUUUUGAGUAUCCGUGAUUUGGAGACACACCUUAAAAUUGUGGAAAUUGAAAAGUUAACAAAGGUUCCUAAAAGAUUUACCUUUCCGAAGUUUAAUCAAGUGAUAGGUAAAUUAUGCGAGUAUCUUGUGUUUAAUAAAAAUAAAAUCGCUGGUAAUGGUAGUGAAAGGGAUAUGUUUGCUAAGUGUACUAACUCUUCGAUCAAAUCACUUUAUGCAUACCUUACAAAACCUGAAGUUAAGUACAAGCCUUUAAGUUUUACUUCAAAGAAACUUUUAGCGAAAGCUUUAGCCGAUCUAAUUUCGUAA